AUGGGGGCUGGAGGAAGCGCCGAGGACAAGCGCUCCAGGGAGCUGGAGAAGAAGCUAAAGGAGGAUGCCGACAUUGAUGCAAGAACCGUCAAGCUGCUGCUGCUAGGUAAAGUCGAAUCAGGCAAAAGCACUAUUGUCAAACAGAUGAAAAUUAUCCACAAAGAUGGUUACUCACUUGAAGAGUGCUUGGAGUUCAUUGCCAUCAUCUACAGCAAUACCCUGCAGUCCAUCAUGGCCAUUGUGAAGUCUAUGGGCACACUCAAUAUCAACUUUGGCCAUCAAGAUCAGGCGGAUGAUGCCAGAAAGCUCAUGCAUCUUGCAGACACCAUUGAGGAAGGUACAAUGCCCAAAGAACUGGCAGACAUCAUUUUGCGCUUGUGGAAGGACUCUGGCAUUCAGGCGUGCUUUGACAGAGCCUCAGAGUACCAACUCAACGACUCUGCUGGAUACUACCUGAAUGACUUGGAGCGACUGGUCCAGCCAGGCUAUGUGCCCACUGAGCAGGAUGUGCUGCGAUCAAGAGUGAAGACCACUGGUAUCAUCGAGACCACAUUUUCCUUCAAAGAUCUCCAUUUCAGAAUGUUUGAUGUGGGUGGCCAGAGGUCAGAGAGGAAGAAGUGGAUUCAUUGUUUUGAAGGUGUGACCUGUAUCAUUUUCAUUGCUGCUUUGAGCGCCUACGACAUGGUGCUGGUGGAGGAUGAUGAAGUGAAUCGAAUGCAUGAGAGUCUGCACUUGUUCAACAGUAUCUGCAACCACCGCUACUUUGCUGCCACCUCCAUUGUACUCUUCCUCAACAAGAAAGAUGUGUUCACUGAGAAGAUCAAGAAAGCUCAUCUCAGCAUGUGCUUCCCUGAAUAUGAUGGCCCCAACACUUAUGAGGAUGCCGGUAACUACAUCAAAUUGCAGUUCUUGGACCUGAACCUGCGCCGAGAUAUCAAAGAAAUCUACUCUCACAUGACCUGUGCCACAGACACAGAGAACGUCAAGUUUGUGUUUGACGCUGUAACCGACAUCAUCAUCAAAGAAAACCUGAAAGAUUGUGGUCUCUUCUAA